AUGGCGCGGAAAGCGGAGGAAAAGAUGCCGUCGGAAGCCACGGAAUCGCCCAAGUCGUCGCCGUCAUCAGAAAAGGCCGUCCCGUCAUCCCUGUCGCAGGAUCUGCAAGACCGGGUCAAGAAGAUCAUGGACGAAGGCGACAUCCAAAAGCUGACGCUCAAGGCCGUCAUGGAAACCUUGACGCACGACUUGGAGAAGGACGUGUCGAUGCACAAGCGGGCGAUCAAGGAGUUCAUUUCCGACAACUUGUAG